CAGAAGAGGAUUUGAUAAUUACACAUUAAAAACAAAGCAAAUCAGAUUUAGAAAUCCUUUGAAAGUCACUUGUCUGCUAAGAAGGACAACUAAAACACGGGAAGGAAGGAGGCAGGCAGAAAGGAACUGGAAUAUCUGCUCUAACAGUUCAAGACGUUUCAUAAGAUUUUAAUGUUAAUAUGAAGCUUUUUUUAAGUUUCCUGGCGGUAUACCUUUUUCUGGUGCAUGCUUCCCUGGGGGAGCAUUCUAUUCCAAAAUUUGUCUGCACCCAAAUGCCUUUAGAUAUGGAAUGUCAUUCAAACAUGCAGCGUCACAGUAGCAGUGGGCAUUGGAUGGGCAUGCAAGAUGAAGCUAAAGAAACCAUCCUGCAUCUACGCGAAACAGUGGUACACCAGAAGGAGACAAUCUUAGAUCAGAGGGAGACAAUUAGGGAAUUGACUGUCAAAGUGAGCCGCUGUGAAGGCUACCCUCUUGGUAGAGGACAUGAAGAGAGUUAUGGCCAUUCUGUGGAGCAUGGACGUGAUAGAGACCAUGGCUCUGAAGACAGCUAUGGACAUGAUAAGGAUCAUGGACACAAAAGGGAACAUGGACAUGAGUGGGAAGAAGGCCACGACAGAGACAAUGGCCAUGAAAGAGAUCAUGGGCAUGACAGGGAUCACGGGCAUGACAGGGACCAUGGGCAUGACAGGGACCAUGGGCAUGAGAGAGACUUGGGGCACAAAAGAGAACAUGGUCAUGAAUGGGAAGAAAGACAUGAUAGGGACUAUGGACAUGAACGGGAGGCUGGCCAUGAAAGGGAUCACCUUCACGGGCAUGAGGAUGGCCAUGGUCAUGGUAGAGAUCAGGAGUACCAACAUCUCACCCACCAUGAGUAUCGUGAGCAACCAGCAUAUGAUUCCUACCACAAGGCCAGUGGUCUACCGAACACUAUGGAAGAUCCUCCACAAGUAACACCACCGAGUGUUCAACAGAUGGAGCGAAUGCUGGAGUCUUUAAAGGAAAGACUGGAACAGCUACAGAUCAACAGGAACUCUUCAAUAUUCUCAUCAUCUCUCAGAGACACGCUACUGAAGAAGAUCAGCAUCUUGGAACACCAGAUCCUUGCAAAGCACAACAAUACCGAGCACCAUAACAAAGAACAUGAGCAAAGCCAUGAAGACCCAGUAAGACAUAAACUGGAUCCCACCAUAUCAGGCCUUGAGAAAGGAAUUAAAUCUGAUAAGCAGCUGAAUGAUUUUAGGGUCAGUUUUCCACUCAGGACAAGGUAUAUGUACGCCAAGGUGAAAAGGACCCUCCAUCAUGAGAUUUUUGCCUUUACCAUCUGCUUGUGGUUGAAAUCAAAUUCUUCUCCUGGACUGGGAACCCCCUUCUCCUACUCUGUUCCUGGCCAGGCUAAUGAGGUGGUGCUAAUUGAAUGGGGGAACAAUCCCAUGGAACUGAUAAUUAAUGACAAGGCUACAACUCUUCCACUUGCAAUUAAUGAUGCAAAGUGGCACCAUAUUUGCAUCACUUGGUCAAGCAGAGAUGGAAUUUGGGAGGCUUACCUGGAUGGCGUGAGGAGGGGAACUGGUGAGAACCUUGCCGCCUGGCAUGCAGUUAAACCCGGCGGAGUUUUAAUCCUUGGACAGGAGCAGGACACAUUGGGAGGAAGAUUUGAUUCCACUCAGGCGUUUGUGGGUGAGAUUUCUGACUUUAACAUGUGGAGUGAAAUCAUGACACCUGGUGAUAUCUUCAAGUUGGCCAGCUGCUCAUCUCACGCCACUGGGGAUGUCAUAGAAUGGGCAGAGUCUUCCAUGGAGCUCCAUGGGGGUGUGACUAAACUUCCGUUUAACUCUUGCCAUUGACAUGAGGAGUCCCUCCACCAGCAGCACGCUCUGAUCGGGAACCCAGACAUGGAACGGGUUCCUGGCACCACCCCAAAGACAAUUGCUUUUGCCGGAGUAGACCAGCUUUCUGUGUCGCCAUUUUUCUUAAGUUUUUAUGUCUAUAUUCAAUUUAUAAUUCAUUGUUGUAUUUAAUGCACUUUUGAUUGGAACGGGAAGAAUAAUUAUUGCUUAACUAGAUGAUAAAUCCAGGUUCUGGCAUCUCAGUUUCCAAAUACUCUUAAAGUAAAGCCAGAUGCAUCAAACAAGUAACCCGAGACAGCGUGCACAUAAAUUGGACUUAUUUCAGUGCAUGGAUAAAGAUUUGUAGAUUGUAGAAUGCUGGUCACUCUACCCAAGUUAAGAAGAUGGAUAUCUGUGGUUUUCAAAUGGGUACACUAGGUUGGGUUACUAUUCUACUAUGUAUUUUUAAAUUCACACAAUAUCCAAUAAUUCUUAAACAACCUUGGUUUGUUACAGUAUAUGUUUUACAUCUCCAUAGAAAUGUCCAACGCCUUCCAUGUAAGGGGGUCAAAGUAUGGGGGGAAGAUUCAAUAAAAUGAUGAUAUUGCAAAAUGAA